AGUCCGGUCAUUUUUCAAAAUUUGUGUGUUGAAUAAACACCAUCGUGUUAUUAAUUUCUGCAAAAUCUUUUUUAAAAAUUCGUAUUACAAAUGAUAUAAAUGUCUAUCAAAGUUUAGGAUUGUUACUGUUUUUUUUCAAACGACGCCAUCUUUUUGUUGUUAUCAUCGAAGUCUGGGCUCUAAUGUUUAUCGUGACGUAUUUUAUGACAACAGCUUUCUGCACGCCGGAAUACUUCAGUUGUCGAUUACACCACUUCAAACAAGUCAUAAAUGUACCAUUGAUUUUACUGUUAUCAUGGUUACUUGUGGUGCUUUAAAUUGUGGUAACUCUUCCACCAAAAAAUCGGUAGCUGAUGUAAAAGGGUGGCAUAACGUUCCCACCGAAAAAGAAAAUAAACAACGUCGUAAGAAAUGGCUAGCAGCUAUGAAGCGAGAUCCACCAUAUCCAGCAGACACGAAUUUCGUUCUUUGUGGUAUGCAUUUCACGUCCGAAUGUUUUCAACGCGAUCUCAAGGCGGAGCUCUGUGGCUCUGUGAGAAAGUUUAUAUUAUUACCAAACGCUAUUCCAUCGGUAUUUUCAUUCUCGAAACCGCUACCUGCAAAGCGUUCUGCAUCCAUUGCAAGAAACGAAAGAAAAACAAAACGCCAGAUUGUGGAUGAAGCUUGUACGGCAGAAGAAAACUCAGGUGGCCCGGAAGCACCUUCCCUAGAACUUGAGCCCCUUUUUAAGGAUGCUAUUACGCAAACUGUUGAUGUCGUCAUGAUCAACAAAGAAGUUAGCUGUGCUACACCAAUGCGAACAAAGAGCACUAUGGUUCCUGCUGUGUUAUGCAAAUCAAUGUCUACUCAGAUGAGUCCAACUCAGAAGAAGUGGUUAACUGAAGAAAGCCCUGCUUACAUCGCCCUGGAGAAAAUUGUUAAUGAAAAACAGCUACUAAACGAUUUAAAACACGUAGCUGAUUUCAAGCACACUGGACAGCUCGAGGUUUACAAUUCCCUGUUGAAUAAGUACUGUCCCAAACGCUUAGCAUUCUCGUACGCUGGGAUGGUUGCUAGGACGCAACUAGCUGUGCUUGACCACAACUCGGGUGUAGAACGACAACAAGCCACUACAUCCGAUGGGAGGUUGAAGUUCAAAGUUUCUUUCACCAAAAUUACGAAGGAGUGGGUGGCAAAAAAAGUAAUGGAUCCGAAAGAAAAGAAAUACCAAGAGGACUUGAUGAAGGAAGUGUUUGAUUUGGUUCAAAAAAUCAAAGCUCCUAUAUUUUUUAAGUUGCCUGAAACACCCAGAAAUAUUGCAUUAAAAAUAAACCCUGGGAAGGAAGUUGUUGUCUCGAAUAUGCGUUCAAGAUUUACCUAAAAGUAACCCCCAGGUUUAUAAAUGAUAUUUAGCAUUACAUCAAGAAACGCUUAUUUUACAAUUCCGGGGGACAUUUGUUAUAUUUUAAAAACAUAUAUUGUAAAAAUUUCAUUCAUCAUCUUUACAAUUAUACAUGUUCUUAUACA